AUGACGCUUAAGAAGUGGUCUUCGAACACUACAUCGGGUUUGGAUGCAGUUCCAGCCGCGGACCGCGUGCACGCACCGAUGUCGUUCGAAACGGUUGACGGUCAGGCUCGAAUUUUUGAUCCACUUGGGGUGUUCGGGCCCGCGGUGUUUUUAGCUAAGUCCAUAAUGCAACGGACAUGGCUUAGUAGUCUGUCGUGGGAUGAACCACUUCCUACGGACAUUCAGGAAGAGUGGGCAGCCUUCGUUUCUGAUUUGCCAUCGUUAAUGUCUAUUCGCGUCCCGCGACAUUUUAAUUCACGUCGGAAUGCCCCAUGUUAUCUACUAGGGUUUUGUGAUGCAUCGCAACGUGGCUAUGCAGCUGUCGUGUAUUUGCGCGUAGCCGACGUACCUAUGAAGGAAUCUGUAUUUUUGGUUGGUACCAAAACGAAAUUAGUAUCAACGAAAUCAAUGACUAUUCCCCGUCUUGAGUUAAAUGCCGCAUUGUUGUUAGCUUGGUGGCUAAACCGUAUUCGAAAUGUUUUAACGGCGCAACUUAAUAUUGUCGACAUUAGGGCUUGGUCGGAUUCGAUGAUCGUGUUAUCUUGGUUAAAGGCUCCCUAUGAAUCGGUCAAAAAUUAUGUAUCUAAUAGAGUGCAUCAAAUUCAUUCAUUGUUGCCAGAUUGUCAGUGGCAACAUAUUGAGUCAGUCAAUAACCCCGCCGAUUGUGCGUCCCGCGAUGUGAUGCCGGCCGUGUUAUCACAACUUGAUUUAUAUUGGCGUGGUCCACACAUAGCGUACGACGACCCAGCGGCUUGGGACGAAUCUCAUCCGUCGCUUCCGUUGUGUGAUCUCCCCGAAUUGCAACCUGUAUUUUGUGCCGCCCUCGUUGCCGACGUACCUAAUGAAUGGUUCACACGUUUUUCCAAUUACGAUCAUAUGUUGCGUGUAGUUGCGUAUAUGCGCCGUUUUAUCGCGUUUUGUCGACGAAAGAUUAUUCGUAACAAUGGGCCCGCAUAUUUACGUAAAUGUGAUUUGGAUGGCGGCGCGAAAAUAUUAAUUAUUGAAUCACAGCGUGUACAUUUUUCCGCGUUACUCUGUGAAUUAUCAGACGGUACGCGAGUAUCGUCUAAGCCGUUAGCGCGACUAUCCCCGUUCAUUGACCCCGACGGUGUCAUUCGCGUCGGUGGUCGAAUACGUUAUUCGCUAAUUACGUACGAUUGUAAGCACCCUGUAUUGUUGGCUAAGAAUUCACACUUUGCUUUGUUAUUGUGCCGACGGUGGCAUGUGUUGACGUGUCAUGCGGGUCCGCGAGUUUUAACAGCGUUAAUAUCGCGUAAAUUUUGGAUUGUGUUGCUCAGGUCUAUUUUGCACCGAAUAAUAACAAACUGUAAUAUUUGCGUUCGGUUAGACGCGCGACCGUUGCAACCGUUGAUGGUGGACUUGCCUCGUGCACGAGUAUGCCCCCAGCGCCCUUUUGCAUGCGUAGGCAUGGACUACGCAGGGCCGUUACAGAUGCGUGAAUUGCAACUGCAGAAAUCUCGGAUUUAUAAGAUUUAUAUUUCCGUUUUUGUGUGUUUUUCCACCAAGGCAAUUCAUCAGGAAGUCGUUUCGGAUUUAUCUACCGACGCAUUCUUGGCCGCGUUCGAUCGGUUUGUCGCAAGGCGAGGCUUACCUAGCGAUAUAUAUUCAGAUUGCAGCACUAAUUUUGUAGGGGCUGACAGGCAGUUACAGUCGCUUAUUCAUAGCGCGGAGGACCAGGCCGCUAUCGGUAAUGCGCGAGCUACGUGUGACUGGCAUUUUAACCCACUUAGCGCCCCUCACUUUUGUGGAUUGUGGGAAGCGGCAGUACGAUCCACUAAACGGCUCUUGGUACGCGUCAUCGGUAACCAUAUUUUUACAUUUGAAGAAUUUUCAACAAUUUUGGUACGUGUUGAAGCAGUACUCAAUUCCCGUCCUCUUACACCCGCCUCUAACGAUCCGCACGACCUUGAUUGCUUGACGCCAGGACAUUUUUUGAUCGGGCAACCAUUGUGGAAACUGUUAGAGCAAUGUCAUCAGACCUUUUGGCGCCGUUGGUCGUCGGAAUAUUUAACCACCAUUCAAGAAAGGUCCAAAUGGACCUCUGAUGUCCCGAACAUCAAUGUGGAUGACAUAGUCAUAAUCCGAGAUAAUCAGAGUUCCCCGUUGUCUUGGCGACUCGGCCGUGUAGUAAAAUUGUUACCGGGAACCGACGGUCGAGUCCGCGUUGCCCGUGUGCUUACUCAAGCUGGAGAUAUCGUUCGAUCUGUAGUUAAAUUAGUACUAUAA